GUAAAGCGGUUUUACGUCAAUUCUGGGAGUAAGAAGAGUUAAAGGAAAAUGUGUAAGGGAGUAAAUAAUGUGAAUUGGGAAACCGAGACCCUGAUGGGUUCUACGACGCCCGUAUCUAAUUGGGAGCGUUUUAUCCCAAGAGCAGCUCUAUCUCAUAUUGGGCUAUUCGUUGCUCUUAUGUUAUAUACAGCUGGAGGUGGAUUGGUCUUUCGAGCGCUUGAAUAUCCAGCCGAAUUGGCGAAGCAAGAAAUUCUUAGAGAUCGUCUCUUAACGGAAAGAUGGAAUCUAAUUAGAGUAGUAGCCGAUUACAAUAUGAAUGGGACUGAAGUCAUAAGCUUAGAAAAAGUUUUAAGUGACCAACUCGCCGUGUACGAGAAAGUACUAGAGGACGCAUCUGGCAGUGGUAUUGCUUUGGAAAUAGAAAGAAAUUUUCCUCCACUUGAAGAAAAAUGGAGUAUAUUACAAGCUGUGUUCUUUUCAUCAACUGUACUCACCACAAUAGGAUACGGUAAUAUUGUACCAGAAACAUUCUGGGGAAGACUAUUCUGCAUUGCAUACGCACUCAUUGGAAUUCCACUAACGCUCACAGUGAUCGCUGAUCUCGGAAGAGUAUUUGCAACAGUUGUGUCUAUUGUAGCCAAACACUUGCCUACAAUGCCGAAAUGGUGUAAUCGACUGUCAGAAACAAAUCCGGCGGGUCAAAGAUCUUUGUACGCGUUUUGGGCCGUGUGCUUCCUAUUCGUAUAUUUAUCAGCUGGAGCGGGACUCUUUAAAAUGUGGGAAGAUGAUUGGACAUUCUAUGAUGGAUUUUAUUUUUGUUUCAUUACAAUGACUACCAUUGGAUUCGGUGAUCUAGUUCCAAAAAGACCGAAGUAUAUGUUGUUAUGUACCCUAUACAUUUUGAUAGGGUUGGCACUUACAUCUACAAUUAUCGAGUUAGUUAGAAGGCAAUACGCUAGGUCUUGGCAACAACUACGAGCUCUCUCAGGACCCUUGGCAGACACAUUAAGAAGACUUGGCGACGCCGGGCGAGGAGUCGACGUGUCUGCGUUCCAUAACGAUCUCAGAAAGGUCUUAACUGUCGUCACCAUGCCCAGAUUUAGCGGACGUGACGCCCUCGGUGAGAAACGUCAACUGGAGUGGGAAGCGGCCGUCGAGGCUGUAAUUAGAGACAUCACAAGCCCCGUGACCAGUCAACCAAAACCACCUAUAGUCCAAAUUGUAAUAUACGAAUCAUCAGUGUAAUGUUUAGGCCUAUUGUAGAAAUACUUCUAUACAAUUUAAUUUUUCACCUUAAGAAGCUUCAAUUACAAUUUAAAAAAAAAUCGAUAAUGUUCAAUCGCCUCAAAUUUGGCGAUGAUGCAUCGCUAUCUCUGAUGUAAUAGUUAUAAAUUAACUACUUACAAAGCACGGAAACUGCGCCGUAAAUAUGUUUCAUAGCUUUUUUACAAUGAAGCACACACACGAAUACAACGUUUGUUACUCACUGUCAAAACUCAU